CGGCGUCCGCGUCCGCGGCGUCCGCGUCCGCGGCGUCCGCUGUGCCGCAAUCGGCUCCAAGGGCUCCUCCAAGCUCCCCUGCCGCCAAUCAACCCUAAGGACCCCUUCCUGUCGAAGCUGGCCUCCGUCGCCGCGGCCUCCCCGGAGUCGCUGCUCGACCGCCCCGCGAGCUCCGACACGCCCCCGUACCUGGACCUGUUCGAGUCCCCGCAGCUCAUGGCCACGCCUGCUCAGGUGGAGAGGUCAGUUUCGUACAAUGAGCACUGACCAAGGAGGCCUCCACUGGAUUUGCCUUCACUGCUUCUCCAUGGAAGAAUCGUUUAUGUUGGCAUGCCAGUAAAUUUUUCACAUUAAAUUGUCAACAUUUGUCUUCUUUGGAGCCCUUCAGUCUGGAAACACAUACUGCACUCAUUCCUGAUGUGAAAAUUGGAUCCUAAUCAGCAUGAAAUGAUCAGAGAAGCCAGUGGGAAUGUAAAAGAGUGUCUAUAACUCCAAGAGAGGAUACUAAUCAGGGCAAGGGAAAAUGGCAAAUUGAGGAAUGUGUUGAAGAGAACUCUUUAUUUUCUUUUCUGCGCACUUGGUUGGAAUCUAUAGAUGAUCUUAAUGGGUUUUGUUAGCUCCUGCUAGAAAUAGUAUCUUCUUUUUUUCCCUCAGUAGGAAACUGCUUUUUGCCUGUAGCGGGUGGACAA